AACCGGACGCGAGCGCACCAACCCCUCCUCCUUCCCCUCCCCCGAUGGCAAGCGCCUCCUCAGGCGGCGACGGCGGCGGGCCCCACCCGUCAGCCUCCCCGUCCGCGGCGGCCGGCAAUCCGUCGUCGUCGUCGUCUGCGGCUGCUGCGGCGUCGCUCGAUGGUGGCCUCCUCCUCCGCCUCCUCCAAAACCCUCCUCCGCAGCCGCGGCACCAAACCCCCGCCGCGGCUGGUGGCCCGCAGCCGUUUUUCGUCGACCCCGCCGUCGCCGCCGUGGGGCCGCUGUUCCCCUCCGCCGCGCCGCAGCUGCAGCAGGGAGGGGGCUUCGCGUGGCCCUCCCCAUCUAAUCUGCAGCAGCAGCCACAGCUCCGGUUUCCCGAUCCCCGCCUGGCGCAGCCGCUGGAUCCCUACGCGGCGCUCGGAUUUGGCGUCUCCGGUGGCGCCGGGAGCAGGGCGGAGAAGCCCAGGUCAGGGGCGCCGCCUCCCGGGUUCGCCAAGGCAUUGCAUCCGGCGGCUUCCUCCCGUGAGGUGCCGAAUCCGUUUGGUCAAAUGCAGAACAGGGAGCAGAGAAGGGAGCCGAUCCACCAACAUCCGAGGGGUUUCGGUACGACGCUGGAGAAGGAGCCGCCGGUCGUGCGGUCGUCUGUGGGUGUUCAUGAAUCAUUAGGUAGCGUGGUCCCUGGAGUGCAGCAUACAAUGCGAAUCACAAGUGGCCGUGAUGCGGCUUCUGGAACAAUGUUCAGGGAGCAGCAGCAGCAGCAGGAUCACUUCUUGUCAAGGACGCCGCCUGAUCACUUCUCGUCAAGGACACCGCCUGAUGGGAAUGGCCUUGGGCCGUUUGGUAGGAUAACUCGUGGUGAGCAGCAUAUGCAUUCAACUAGAGGUAGUAGGAUACACCAUGGAGAGCAGCAUGUGGCUACAGUCACUAGUGGCCCGUUGCCGCACAGAGGUCAGCGGCAGCAGGAUCACAGCUUGUCAAACAUGCCACAGAGAGAGCAGAGGUGGCAGGGGCAUAGAGAUGAGAAGGGCUAUGCCUCUUCAAAGCCAUCCAAUGCAAAUGUGCAUGGUAUGUCCAGCACGAUGUCAAUGGAAAAAGAACGACAACACUCACCAAUGCCCACCGGUUCAGUAACUGUGGAUGUAAGCGAGGAUAGAGGCAAGACGGUGGCAGAAGCGAACGGAUUCGAGGAUGGUGUUAUUGGGCAAGUAGGCUUUGAGCAACUAGCUGAUGGAGCAGCGGCUGUGGAGGCAAGGAAGUUUAAAGUAUCAUAUAAGAAGAAUGAAUUUAGGUCUACCGGACAGGAUCAGGAUGAAGGCGAUGGCAACAUGGAUGAUGAUGCUACAAUUGAUCAGCUGAUGGAGACUGUGGUGAUCGAUGAUAAUGGUGAGACCAAGAGCAUGGUGCAGAUAAAUGGUUCACGGAGUAAGAACUUCAGAUCAGACUCUAGAGGGCAUAAUGUAUCAAGCCAAAGUGUAAGAUAUGACAGGAGAAACAGGCCAUGCCGGUAUGACAUAGAUCUGUUUACACCUCGUUUUAUGUCAAUUUUUGAAUCUUUGGUGCCCUCAGACGAAGAAAUUUCAAAGCAGAAGCAAUUGCUGACAACUCUGAGCAGACUAAUAAACAAGGAAUGGCCUAAUUCAAAACUUUACGUCUAUGGAUCAUGCGCUAAUUCAUUUGGUUUCUCAAAUAGUGAUAUUGAUCUUUGUCUAUCUAUUGACAACACGGAAAUGAGCAAGGUUGACAUUAUUUUGAAACUGGCAGAUAUUCUCCAUGCUGGUAAUCUCCAGAAUAUCCAGGCAUUAACUCGAGCAAGGGUCCCAAUAGUGAAGCUUAUGGAUCCAAAUACGGGGCUUUCUUGUGACAUUUGUGUCAAUAACCUUUUAGCAGUUGUUAACACAAAACUUCUAAGAGAUUAUUCACAAAUUGAUAAAAGGGUACGACCAUUAGCAUUCCUUGUGAAGCAUUGGGCUAAAUCUCGGUGUGUAAAUGAAACUUACCAAGGAACACUUUCUAGUUAUGCCUAUGUGAUAAUGUGCAUCCACUUCCUACAAUCGCAGAGAAUACUCCCAUGCCUACAGGGCAUGGAGCCAACCUAUUAUGCAACUGUCGAUAAUAAUGUUUAUGCCUUCUUUGACCAAGUGGACAAACUAAGUGGCUUUGGCGCUCAACGCAAAGACACUGUAUCAAGGUUACUUUGGGCCUUCUUUCAUUACUGGGCAUACAAGCAUAAUUACACAAAAGAUGUAAUAUCAAUUCGGACUGGAAGAACCAUUAGUAAGAAUAUGAAGGAUUGGACCAGACGGGUUGGAAACGACAGGCAUCUCAUCUGCAUAGAGGACCCCUUUGAGACCUCUCAUGAUCUUGGUCGUGUGGUUGACAGUAGAUCAAUCUGGACACUUCGAGAGGAAUUCGAGCGAGCAGCCGAAAUAAUGCAAUAUGAUCCGAUCCCCAAUGUCACACUUUUUGAGCCUCAUGUGCCCUCUCUUCGGGGUACAAACUAGAGCCAAGAGAAUUUUGAGCACCAGUGAGGCUGAAACAUGACAUCACAAAAAUCAUCGUCAUGCUCUGCUGUGUCACUAGCCCUGUAGUUCCAAAGGAAAUUUGUGAGAGCUUAUUGACAUACACCAUAUGUGCAUAGCUUAGCUGUACCAUGUAUAUCUUAAGUUGUAAAGUAACUAGGGGCCUAAGCAGUACGCGAUGGUAUGUUUAUGCUUAGCGGUAAGUGGGGAGUGCCAGCAAUAUUUUAUCACCAGACUAAUAGUGCUAUAAAUUCAUUUAGAAAGGGGAUGUCUGAAACUAUCCUUCUAUGAUAGUUGAGUGCAGUAGUUUUCCAAUAGUCAUAGAAUAAUAAAACUGCGUUAAGCCGUCAACUUUCGCAGGUCUCAUUUUUUGGGCUU